AUGGCUCCCGUCAGCACAAUCUCACUCCUAGAAGACCUACCACAAGAUCUUCUUGGUGAUAUUAUAUCACGAGCAGCUGAAUCGGGCCGCCUCAAUGUCCGUCAUUGCAUGGAAGCAUCUAUGGGACUAGCAAAAGCAACAGAAGACAAAAGAGUGCACAAGAAGCUUAACCUAAGACCUUUGGCUUUCAAUCCAUUAGCAACACUUCACCAAUACGAGAAGCUCAUGGAGAAAUGUCUAGAGAAUGGAAACGCUGAAGCACAUUACAUCGAAGGCAUAAAAGAAUACUUCUACUACAACAACAUCACCACGGGAUUACAUCAUCUUCAGGCUACCGCAGAAGGUUCGUACGAUAAUGGCAUUUAUCUGUAUGGAAUUAUUAUGUUAUGCAGGGGACAAACCGAAGAAGGCAAAAAUUAUUUAGACCUUCUAGGGUGGCAAAAAUGCAAAAGAAGAGCUGAUCGUUGCUGGCGUAAUAUUCAAAGAUCAUUACAUGUAAUUCCAGUCAUAAAGUGGGAAAUCUAUCGCACCAGUUUAAGGAACAUCAAACCAUCAAGAAGAUGCAAGUUAAAUGACAUGGACACCAGAUGCAACAAAUGCUACUACUACAAACAAAUGAAGAAAUUCAUGACGCUUCCCUAA